ACCAUGCAGGCGGGGACUCAGAUGGUGAAGCUCCGUGGCAGCUCCAAGGGCCUCGUCCGCUUCUACUUCCUGGACGAGCAUCGCUCCUGCAUCCGCUGGCGGCCCUCACGCAAGAAUGAGAAGGCCAAGAUCUCCAUCGACUCCAUCCAGGAGGUGAGCGAAGGGCGGCAGUCCGAGAUCUUCCAGCGCUACCCCGAUGGCAUUUUCGACCCCAACUGCUGCUUCAGCAUCUACCAUGGCAGCCACCGAGAGUCGCUGGACCUGGUCUCGCCCAGCGGGGACGAGGCGCGCACCUGGGUCACGGGCCUGCGCUACCUCAUGGCGGGCAUCAGCGACGAGGACAGCCUGGCCCGCCGCCAGCGCACGAGGGACCAGUGGCUGAAGCAGACGUUUGACGAGGCCGACAAGAACGGGGACGGGAGCCUGAGCAUUGGCGAGGUCCUGCAGCUGCUGCACAAGCUGAAUGUGAAUCUGCCCCGGCAGAGGGUGAAGCAGAUGUUCAAGGAAGCAGACACAGAUGACCACCAGGGGACGCUGGGCUUUGAGGAGUUCUGUGCCUUCUAUAAGAUGAUGUCCACCCGCCGGGACCUCUACCUGCUCAUGCUGACCUACAGCGACCACAAGGACCACCUGGAUGCCGCUGACCUGCAGCGCUUCCUGGAGGUGGAGCAGAAGAUGGCGGGUGUGACCCUUGAGAGCUGCCGGGACAUCAUCAAGCAGUUUGAGCCCUGCCCAGAAAACAAGAGUAAGGGGGUGCUGGGCAUUGAUGGUUUCACCAACUAUACUCGGAGUCCUGCCGGCGACAUCUUCAACCCGGAGCACCAUGGUGUGCACCAGGACAUGACCCGGCCGCUGAGCCACUAUUUUAUCACCUCGUCCCACAACACCUACCUCGUGGGCGACCAGCUCAUGUCCCAGUCUCGGGCGGACAUGUACGCCUGGGUCCUGCAGGCCGGCUGCCGUUGCGUGGAGGUGGACUGCUGGGACGGGCCUGACGGGGAGCCCAUCGUGCACCAUGGCUAUACUCUGACCUCCAAGAUCCUCUUCAAAGAUGUCAUCGAAACCAUCAACAAAUACGCCUUUGUCAAGAAUGAGUACCCAGUGAUCCUGUCCAUUGAGAACCACUGCAGUGUCAUCCAGCAGAAAAAGAUGGCCCAGUAUCUGACUGAUAUCCUCGGGGAUAAGCUGGACUUGUCAUCAGUAAGCAGUGAGGAUGCCACCAUGCUUCCCUCUCCGCAGAUGCUCAAGGGCAAGAUUCUGGUGAAGGGCAAGAAGCUUCCUGCCAACAUCAGUGAGGAUGCCGAGGAGGGCGAGGUGUCUGAUGAAGACAGCGCGGACGAGAUCGAUGAGGACUGCAAACUUCUCAACGGGGAUGUCGCCACCAAUCGGAAGCGUGUGGAAAACAUCGCCAAGAAGAAGCUGGAUUCCCUAAUGAAGGAGUCGAAGAUUCGGGACUGUGAGGACCCAAAUGACUUCACCGUGUCCACACUGCCCUCAUCUGGAAAGCUUGGGCACAAGGCAGAGGGCAAAAAGGUGAGAGCCCUGCAGCCCAUGAGGUCAGCCUGCGGCUGA